UAUACAGAAGCGGCAGAAAAGGUCAUCGAUUACAUGGCGAGCGCCGUGAAUGCCUUCAUAGAGAACGCUAACCAGUCCCGUGGACCCAUGAAGGAUCUGCAACUGUUUUUAGAGGUGACCCUGCAGGAUGUCAUCAACGAACCCAAGGUUAACGCAUGCGAGGGCACAUCUCUCUUCAAGCAUGUUGUGAUCGAACCCCAGAAAUACCCGGCGGAAGAUGACUCCGAAGCGGCUUUGUUCGAGUACGUUGCAGCCCUCGCAGAACUAACAAAGUUCGUCAACGCAGAGGCUGUGAAGGUGGAGACAAACGCUUUGGUUAUCUCUCUUUGGACUGGGCACGUGUCUCAGGUUCGCAAGGCAGCGGCUGCAAUCGGAGAGGAAGUGACCUCGACUCUCCUAACAAUGUCUGGACAAUCUGGAAUUCCAAUUCUAGAGGGCAACGAACUCGGUGAAUGGGCCAAAUGGACGCUGUGCAAUCAACUACUAAGACUGAGACCGUCAAGAGAGCUUCGUGAAACUCUCACCUUGGCCAGGGACUUGCCGACUUGGAGGGACUUUGGAAACUACAGCUUGGAGAUGCUCAAUGGUGUUAUCAGGAGCGUGGCGGAAAAGGACUACACAUACCAGGCAGCUCUGGCUGAGCUGACUGGCUACCUUGUUCAGGCACCCAGCAGUAGGCAGAACAUAUACUGGACCAUGGUUAAGCUGCUACCAAAGCUAAGAGAGGCAUACUACUCCCAUUCAAACCAGCAGGAAUGGCAGUCGGAUCUUGGAGGUAUGAUAUUUGAGGUGGGCGCUAUCCUUUAUCACUACGGGUUCGUGGUCGACCAGAAUCUUCGUGACAGCAUCUUUGGGAUCGGUGAGCGACUCGGUGUCCUAGCCGCUGGACCCGAAAAGAAGUAACCAACCGGAAUGCAAGGGACGCUGUCAUUGGGAGUGAUGACGUUUCUUUGGCGCUGCGAAAUAAAGGUGUUUUGCAAAUUGA